AUGGCCGAGGUUCUUGGCUUUGUUGCGAGCUUCGCAGCCCUCAUCCAACUUGUUCAAUACGGGGCAAAGUUUGCCGAAGCUUUGUACCAGUUUUCGGAACAGAGCGGUUCCCCGACCGAAGAGAUUGAGCGAUUCGCGCUUCAAGCGUCUACAUUCUCAUUUGUUAUCAGCACUGCUCACUGUUCCCUCGAUCAACAUUGCAAGAAUUAUCCCGAUUCUCCUGUUCUUAGGUUUAUCUCAACAAAUGGGGUACUCUACAGCAUCAGCUACCAGUCGGAUUCGAUCAAAUCGCGACUUAGAAAAGCUAUCAGACGGGUCAAAAACCGUCUAGGGAGCAAGAACGUCGUGUUCAACUUCCUCAAGUGGUGGUACCAGAAGGAUUCCAUCAAAGAUCUAUUCCCAGAAAUGGAGUGCAUCAAAACGAGUCUCCAACUGCUCCUGGCGACGGCACAAUUCGAGAUUGCCAAGUUGGAGCAUAACGAUCAGGCUUCGAAGCUGAGUCUGGCAGAUAUGAAGGACCUUGAAAAGUCUAUUCUCAGCUUCAGCCUCUACAUCGAUAUAUUCAAUCACCACUAUGGAGUCGCCACGGGAUAUGUCCUCAGCGUCGUCAUCAUCGGCUCCUCGAAAUGA